UUGUGUAAACAACCAUAUAGUAUAGCUAGACCCUUCUGCAUUAAGUACGUUAAUGCAUUGGUGUGCAAUUCUCUAGCUAAUACUAUUUUUCCAUAGACUGCAUCUUGUAAGAAUUCGUUAAAAUUGAACUAAGGCUUUGUACAAGCUGUUGUGGCGAUAAGUCUAACCCCUUUCUUUUCCUCUGCAGGUGGUUACCAUGGCUCAGUCUGUAGAAAGGAUACAGCAGUAUUUAAUUGAAGUUGAAGAGGCUGCUGAAGACAUUAUAUCAGAUCAACAAGAAAUUAUCUCCCUAGAUCGCAGAAGAAACACGAAUAGAGAAGCCCUUAGACAACUCCAGACAAAAAGCACUGGAAAUCAAACUUCUGCUGAAAAGAACUGGAUAUGUAUUGGAAACAUGUUUAUGAGGUUACCAAAGCCUUUUAUUGCGGAAAGUAUUGAAAGAGAGCAAAAGCAACUAGACACUGAAAUCAAGAACCUCCGCAAUGGUUUACGCAAUAAAGUUAAUCAUUUGAACGACUUGGAGGACAAACAAGAAACCAUAGGAACCAAUAUCAAACCCCUUUCACAGGAGGAAUGGAAAGCUGUCAGAAAAGCCUUGGGUAAUUAGUAUAGCUUUUGAGAUUUAUUGUUAUCAAUAACUGUAUCAGUAUUCAUUGUUUCUUUGACGUUCUUUACUGUUCAUAGCCAAGUUUAAUGUAAUAUGUUCUUGCUAACUUCACUUCAGAUUACUGUAUGAUUCUUUAAAAUCAUUACCUUAAAGAAUUGCCAGUGUACCUUAGAUAGUCUUAUUGUUUGAAAUCUGGUUUAAGUGACAUGGAUGAUAAUCUAGUGUUUUGUAAGUGUAUAUAUAACACUGGCCAUUUUUUUCACAUUCCCAUCAAGUGUUAAUUUCUUGUUAUUAACCUCCCAAAACAAAUGUUAUUAAAGUAUUACAUUCCAUAUGUAACUUUUUUGUAUAAUAACAUAAAUAUUAAUCUGCAGAACUUGUGAAAAAUUAACACAAAUUAGGAGUCAUUGAAUAUGUAAUGAAAAAGAUUUGUGCAUUUUUAUCCCUCAACCAUAAUAAAUGACAGGGACACCAUUUUAUGUAAGAAAUACAAAUGGCCACACUGCUUGAUGUUUGUUCCCUAUUAAAGGGGAAUCACACCACUUUUGUAAGUGGAAUUUUAAGCAUAUUACAUGGAUGUACAAGGAAACUAAAACCAGAGAAUGAAUGUGAUCUAAGUAGACCCUUUUAACUUUAAAUUAAACGUAAGGCUCCAAAAAUGUCUGGAAACUGAUGAGCCAUAACAUAGUCUUCAUGAGGCAAAAGUAUGUAAACACUAUUGAUCAUGAGGAAAAAGUAUUGAAUUCUCGACAAAUAUACAAGUUCCAAUUUACAGUAUUGAAAGUACUUUUUGUGACGCCUGAGAACUUGACACAACAUACUCUGUACUUUUAUCUUCUGUACAAGCACACUGAAAAAUUCUUUAUAAAGUUUUAAAAAAGAAAAAAUAUAUGCAGUCUA